GCCACGACUGAUGGACUGACGGCAGAGAGGCAGAGGAUAGAGGAGACGACAACAGCAAGGUUUUGCAUCCAGGGGACGUCAGUGCGUGCAGCUGCAGCCCCAAGACGUCGAAGAUGGCUGCGCUGAUACCGAAAACAUCGCUCCAAAUAGCGAAGAGACAGAGCGUGGCGGUAACGAGCGUAGCCGUGCAGUCUUCGUGCAACUACUCGCAGAAGCCCCAUAUCCUCAAGAACCCGAAUCUGUCAAAUCUGAAACGAGGUACCGGCGGUCGCAGCUCCUUCAACGGCAUCGUCUGCACCAUCUUCGGUGCCUCGGGUUUCAUUGGCAAACAUGUGGUCGGACGACUUGGGAGGAUCGGAACUCAGAUGAUUAUCCCGUACAGGGGCGAUCAUUAUGAUGUGGCUAGACUCAAGGUGUGCGGUGAUCUGGGCCAAGUGCUGUUUCAUCCGUUUGAUCUGAGGGACGAGGAGUCGAUUGUCAAGUGCAUCAAGUACUCCAACGUUGUGAUCAAUCUUAUCGGGCGCGAUUACGAGACCAAAAACUUCAAGUAUGGAGACGUCCAUGUGGAUGGAGCUGCCAGGAUCGCCAGGCUUUGCAAGGAGAAUGGCGUCGAUAGGCUCAUUCACGUUUCCUGCUUGAAUGCCACCGCUGAACCUAAGCCAAUUCUCUUGCCUCGAGGCUCCCAAUUCUUCAAAUCAAAGUGGGAAGGUGAAUGGGCUGUCAAAAAAGAGUAUCCAGAAGCAACGAUCAUCAGACCUUCGGAUGUUUAUGGCACUGAGGAUCGCUUUAUUGGUGUUUAUGGAAACAGAUGGAGGCAACAUUUUAGAGGAAUUCCAUUGCUGAAUAAAGGAGAGACUGUGGAAAAACAACCUAUUUGGGUUGGUGAUGUAGCUGCUGGUAUUGUAGCAGCUAUAAAAGAUCACAAAAGUGCUGGCAGAACUUACCAAUUCGUGGGACCAAAACGUUACAGACUAUCGGACAUUAUGGAUUACCUGCACGAACUUUUGAGAAGAGAAUGUGCAGAUUAUGGAUAUCGUAGGAUUGAAUUAAAGUAUGCACCGCUUUUCAUGCUUAAAGUUAAGCUUACCGAAGCUUUAAGUCCUGCUUACCCAUUAGGUUAUUUGCACAUGGAGGGAUUAGAAAAAGAACAUACCUGUGACAACGUAGUCAAAGGUGUACCAAAGCUCGAAGAUCUUGGAAUCGAACCAUUACCCAUCAAUGAGCAAUUCAGAUGGGAGGCGGUUCCUUUCCGCUUCGAUGGCUCUUACGAAUACGAACACAAUGAAUUUGGCGAUAUACAGUUUCCUGAACCAAUUGCUUAACUUUUCAAAUUUAGUAUUGUGAUAAAUAUGUCAAGAUUACAAAAAGAAGACAACGUGUUCAUUGAUGAACACCUUAGCAUCCAAAAGUUAAAUUCUGUAUCUUAUUAUUGUUAAUGAUCACUGGUUUAAACAUUAAAGUGCAGACAAAAUGUAUUAGAAACUCAUUUUUGUAAAUAAUAAAAAUCGUUAUUAUAUUAUUAUUUAGAAUGAAAAGAGGUAGUACAUGGUCAUUGUGAAAAAAAUGUAAUUUCCAAAUUACAGUUGUAAUAACGAAAUCUCUCGCUCUCUAUUUUUUUAUUUCAGCUUAUUUAUUUUUUGUUUUUCUUGUUGAACAUUUUAGAACCACAAUAACUUACAUGAUGGAAAGAUUAAUUUAUUACACGGUAUUUUUCAAUCACUAUCAAUAAAAAAUACAAGCUAGGUGUUGGUCCUUGGUUUUUUAUGCUGACCGAAUGCCAAGCAAAGUCUUAUCAGUAGUAUGUCAAGCAAGCAUUAAAAAUAAAAUCCACAAAUUCGUUUCACGAA